ACGUCCCCGUCCCCGUCCCCUGAUGCCAAUCUAGUUUGAUUGGUUUUAGCCGUCAUAUCACGAACAAGAAAAUUCUUGGCGAUCAAAUGGUUUGUGCUGCUGUCUCCAAUCUCCAAUCUCAAGCCUGAACCACCAAGUAAGCAGCACACAAACAAAGUAAACGACCGGAAAUAACUUCCCGUCUUUUAACUGUUCGAUCUCUCCAGACACAAAAAAAAAAGACAGAACAAAUCCAUCUCUUCAUCCCAUAAAACAAGACCGCCACCACGACCUCCCUCCCCCUUCAUCUCCACCAUGGGAUCAGCAGCAAACCUUUGCUCCGUCUUAUCAGAAUCACAACGUAUAAUAAACGCUCACUCCCGCCAUUUCUUGGCUCUCUCUGUCCUCUUUAUCCUCCCUCUUUCUUUCUUUCUUUCUGUCUACCCCGCCAUCCAAAACAUCAUCUCUCAAUUCUCCACUCGGGGCUCCAAAACCCUCCUCUCUCGUACAUUUUAUCAAGAUGACCCAUCAAAUCUUUUCACUACAAAUUUCAUUAUCCUCUCUCUUCUCGUUUCACUCUUUACCAUCACGUUCUCAACUUUUGCUCUAGGUUCCAUCACCUACAGUGUUAUUCAUGGAUUCUACGGUAGACCUGUAAAGCUUUGGUCUUCAAUCAAAUCUGCUUUCACUUCUUUCUUUCCCCUUUUGAUCACUGGCUCUUUUGUUGAAAUUAUCUUUUUGGGGGUCCUUCUCCCUUUUGUGUUGUUGUUGUUUUUUGUUAUAAAUGGAAUUCAGCUUCCUGGAUUUGAAAUUAAUGUCUCUUCGCCUUAUUUUAUUGUUUUUCUUGUGAUUCUUGGGGUUGUUUUGGUCUUCGUAUUGCUUAAUUUGCAAUUGAAGUGGAUUUUAGCUCAGGUAAUUGUGGUUGCCGAAUCAAGUUGGGGUCUUGAGCCGUUGAGAAGGAGUGACUACUUAAUGAAACGAAUGAAGGGAGUGGCUUUGUCUAUGGUUUUAUUUUUUGGGUUUUUCUCUGGCUUGUUGGUAAUUGCCAGUUCAUUUCCUUGGGAAGGUUUGCAUGUUGGUAAUAUUGACAGUGCAUGGAAGAUUUGGCCUUUUGUUGUUCGAAUUGUGGUGACUUCAGCACUCCAAAUGGUGUUGCAGCUUUACAAUAUCGCGGCGUUUGCUGUUCUUUACAUGGAUUGCAAGGCUGUGCACGGAGAGCUUGUUUUGGAGAUUGCUGAGGAGUUUGCUGGUGACUAUGUUAGCUUGCCUUUUGAUGAUGGAAAGACCCCUCAUUUUGUUUCUGUUGCUUAUAUAUGACAUGCAGUACUAAGGUUAGCGACCUCGUAAUCCCUUUUGUUUGCAUUACAUGUUUUGUUGGUUGUUCUUUUCUAGCUUAUCCUAGUCUGUACUUGUGUAUUUGAACUCACUUCUAUGUAGAUACUGCAAUGAGUAUGAAACUUGUGUGUACCAUCAUCUGAAAUAAGAUUUGAGUUGCUGGUGCUUAUGAAUGGAUAUUAUUAUA